AUGUUGGCAAGAACGCAAUUGAUCAAACUUGCCAUCUCCUCAACGAUCACCUCCUCAUUACGUGGUGCCAUCCCAACAACAACAACAAUGACUUCGACUGCUAGUUUCCAUUCAUCACCUCCGCGACACGAGCUGAGCGAGGAGCACCAAAAGAUUGUCAAAUCGACAGCGCCUGUCCUUGCCGAGCAUGGCGUGACAAUCACCUCUCAUUUCUACAAACGCAUGCUCGACAACCAUCCCGAACUCAAAAACAUCUUCAACGCUGCACAUCAAAGCACAGGCACACAACCUGCCGCUCUCGCUCAUGCUGUCUGGGCAUACGCUUCGAAUAUCGACAACCUGGGAGCGUUGACGACAGCCGUCUCUCGAAUAGGUCACAAACACGCCAGCCUUGGAAUCAGACCCGACCAUUAUCCGAUUGUCGGUGAAAACCUCCUAGCAUCAAUCAAAGAGGUGCUUGGUGAUGCAGUCAACCAGCCAGUUCUCGACGCCUGGGCCGCUGCGUACCAGCAACUUGCCGAUAUCUUCAUCGACUUCGAGAAGAAUCUUUACCACAAGGCGGAACAGACUUCAGGUGGUUGGACAGGCUGGCGCAAAUUCAAAGUCGCCCAGAAGGUCCACGAAAGCGACGAGAUCAUCUCAUUCUACCUAGAGCCCGUCGACGGCGCGAAGCUGCCCGAGUUCAAAUCCGGUCAGUACAUUUCCGUCCGGGUAUUCGUGCCUGAAUUGGGGGUAUAUCAGCCUCGGCAGUACAGUCUGUCCGAUAUUCCCGAUGGAAAGCACUUCCGUAUCUCGGUUAAGAAGGAAUCAGCCAAAGGCCUCGCACCAGCCGGCCGCAUCUCUAAUGUCCUGCAUGAAAAUGUACCCGAGGGAGCCGAGGUCGACGUCAGCAAUCCCUACGGCGACUUCACGCUCGAUGUGGAGACGGACGUCCCAGUUGUCCUGAUCAGCGGUGGUGUCGGUAUUACACCCAUGCUGUCCAUGCUGGGAACCCUUGUCGACCACGCGCCGAAAAGGAAGGUCGUCUUUGUGCACGCUGCCCGGGGUGGAAACGUACAUGCCAUGAAAGAAUACUUGUCACGGAUUAUGAAGGACAACUCGCAAGUCUCACGGGUCAUCUUCUACGAGAACGUCGCCGAGGCCGAACGGGAAGGCGUUGAGUACGACUACAAAGGCCGAAUCGAACUUGAAAAGGUCAAGGACAAGCUCCUGCUGCCCGACGCGAAUUACUACAUUUGCGGACCCAUUCCAUUCAUGCAGUCAAACCAGAAGGCUCUCGAGGGGUUGGGCGUCCCCAGCGAGCGGAUAUAUUCCGAAGUGUUUGGCUCUGGCAUUGCGUAG